AUGAGCAAACAAUUUAAGUAUUAACACUUUAAUUAGGAUAAUACAAUUCCAGAGGAACAAUGUUAGAUUAAAAAGCUUAGUAUUUAGGAGGCUCUUGAGUAAGUAGGUAGUUAGCAUACUUACUAAAAGAGAUUUUUUUUAUUUUCUGGGUUUGUAUCAUUAUUUGGUGCAACUUGCAUUCUGUCUCCAAUAUUCACUUACGAAAAACCUUCCUUUCACUGCCCUCUAGAAAUUAAAAGUGAUGAAUGUGAAAAUUGGGUAUGCUAAUAACCUGAACCAAGCUAAUAUUUUUCCUCUUAACCAAAAUCUUUUAUUAUGUAAUUUAAUCCACCGCUAUUGUGCGACAGAUAAUAUAUUGCUGAUUUACUAAUAGCUAUUAACUAUGCAGGUAGUGCUUUAGGUUUUAUUGCUUCUCUUUACAUAGCAGAUAAUAUCGGUAGAAAAUUUGCUACAGUAUUGUUUUGGAUCUUAGCUGGAGUUGGUGCUCUUGUUUCUUCCAUUUUUAGUGAUGAUAUAGUACUAAGCGUUUUUGGAUUUGCACUCUCAUAAUUUGGAGCUAAUUCUACCAUUAAUAUAAUUUUUUGCAUGAUUAAUGAUCAUUCCUUAGGAAAAUUUAGACAGUACACUAUGGCAGCAAUAAGUCCUUUUUAUGGAUUAGGUGGUUCUUUACUGGUUUUAUUUAAAUUUAUAUCAGAAGAUUACAAAGUUAUGAUGCUUUUUAUUGGAAUUCCCAUCUUAAUAUCUUGUUUAUAUCUGUAAAAAAUAUAAGAUCCUCCUUUAUUUCUAUAUGAAAAAGAUAAAUUAAAAACAGUAGAAGUUUUGAAUUACAUAGCUCAAAUAAACAAAAGAGAUACUAUUACUAAAGAAUAACUACAAGAUAAACAAAUAGAAGUAAAUAAAAAUAGAAUUUAUGGGAUAAGAGAUCUUUUUGUUUUUCCUUCAUUGAGAUUAAACUCUAUUUUCUCAGGUCUAAUUCUUUUUUUCAUUCAAAUAUCUUAUUAUGGUUCCAAUCUGACUCUUUCGUAGUUUGGUUUUGAUAUAAAAUCAAAUGCUUUAGCUACCUCUAUUGCUGAUACAAUAGGAUAUAUUGCUAUAAUUCCUUUUGUCCCUUAUUUUAAAAGAAAAUAUAGCUGCAUAAUUUCAGGUUUAAUUUUCAGCUGUAUUAUGAUUUCUUUUAACUUUAUAUAAAUACCUUAAGAUUGCUCAGAUGUUUGCUAUGAAAAAACUAUGUAAGCUAUUUUAGUGGCUCUAGCAAGAUUUUUCUUGAGUUUUGAAUGGGGAAUAGCUUUUAUUUACUUUACAGAGAUGUUUCCAAUUACUGUAAGAACAGUUGGAUUAGGUUUUGCUUCUUUUGUUGGUGAAUUUGGAAGUAUUCUCUGUAGCUAUUUUAUUUCAUCUUUAAUAAAAUAUGGAGUAAAUCCACUUUUUGGUAUUGGGAUAAUAAGUUUAUUCAGCUUACUUUUAUAUUACCCGAUAGACGAAACUUUUAGUAAGCCUAUAUAAAAUGAGAUAAAAGAAUUAGUUGAAGUUGAAUUGUAAAAAAAAAAAUAAAUUAUUUGA